CACACCACGCAUGUAAACGAUCAUUCCAGGAGGAUGACAAAGUUCUACCGUCCAGCGAUUGUAACAGAAUGCAUUCAGAACUCAUUGAUUGUUGAUACACAGUUCAUCGAUUGGCGACUAUUUACUGAGAAGGCGAAUAACAAAGCAUUAUCCGGCUCAUUCAAAGUCGAAAGCCGACUCAUCGAAAAUCUGUGGUGAGGUAUCUAAUGGGUAUUUCAAUAGGAAAGGCAUAACAGCACCGCGUGAAACCAGGGGAACAUCUACAUACACCAAAGGAACACAAAUGACACCAAAGGGACAUCAGUGACACAAGAGGAACAUCAGUGACACCAGGAAUAUCAGUGACACAAGAGGAACAUCAGUGACACAAGAGGAACAGCAGUGACACCAGUGGAGCAUCAGUGACACCAGAGGAACAGCAGUGACACCAGUGGAGCAUCGUGACACCAUGAAUAUCAGCCGCGACACAACAAUGAAUUACCAAUGACACUAAAGGAACAUCAGUAACACAGGAGGUACAUCAGUUACGCCAGAGGAACAUCAGUGACACCAGCGGAAUAUCAAUGACACAAGAGAGAAAAGGGAAUUGAACUUUGAGGAUUGCCGAAAAAGGUCUUCUAAAAGUACACAUUCCGUUUCGGACACAUUAGGAAAAGUCGAUUGGAACCGGUUUAGAGAAACUCCUACGAAACCGGACUACAUUGUAUUCGGUGACCACCAGAGCUCAGGAUGGCUGAUACCGGGGGAAAUGGCACCGAAGCCCCGGAGGGUGGGGACCAAACACGCACACAGAAAACCUCGGAGUUCGUUCUUUUACUAAGAGACAAGGAAGCGUUGAAAACUGCAUUGGAUGAGAAAGAAAAGGCCCUAAAUAGUGCCAUGAGUACAUCUUUCGAACUUUACCAGAAAAUUGACAAAUUGGAGACGGAGCUGAAAGCGUUGAAGGGGAAGGGUUCAAAAUCAGAAACCAAAGAUAAGAUACAAGCUCCAUCCGCUAGCCCAGCAGCAGGCAACACGCCAGUCUCAACACCUAAAAACGGCCGCAAAGUUCGUCCCAAGACAGCCAAGCAUGCCAACCCAAGACAGAAGCCGAGAAAGGGUCUCAAACCUCCUGUGGAAAUUAAGGUCGAAGUGGCAAAGGAAGCGGAAAAGAAAGAUACGUACAAGUACUAUGAGGAGAUCGCCCAGACCUAUCCCGACCUGAAGCUGUCUGUCCUGCUUGUCGCUGAGAAGAAGUUUGUACAAGCUGACUCCAAUAAAGAUGGGACAAUCGAUGCAGAUGAGCUGGACCGAAUCUUGGAGAGUAGCAGUUUACUGUUCACCAAGCAGCAGGUUAGAGAUAUCGUCAAACAAAUAGACGCUGAUGGAUCCAGUGACCUGGACUUCAUGGAGUGCCUUGCGGUGAUCGACCGACUACAUCGAAACAAGAAAUCCAACCUUCCUACAGCCCUGGAACAGAAUAAAAGCACAGUUUGUUCAAUUCAGUAAAACAUGCAUGCAGGUCCAAGAGAUGGUAUUGACUCAUUUUGCAAUCAGAAACUUAAAAACGAUCAUGGGCGU